AUGUGGACAUGUGGCACGCUAAUGAGUUUAUUAAAUCAUAUAACUAACAAAUUUUUUUUAUGUGCACACCAUGGUGUGGCUGUGGCUGUGGCUGUGGCUGCAGCGGCAGCGGCUGAAACGGCUGUGGCUCCAGCGGCAGCGGCUGAAACGGCUGUGGCUGUGGCUGCAGCGGCAGCGGCUGAAACGGCUGUGGCUGUGGCUGCAGCGGCAGCGGCUGAAACGGCUGUGGCUGUGGCUGCAGCGGCAGCGGCUGAAACGGCUGUGGCUGUGGCUGCAGUGGCAGCGGCUGAAACGUCUGUGGCUGUGGCUGAAACGGCUGUGGCUGCAGCGGCAGCGGCUGAAACGGCUGUGGCUGUGGCUGCAGCGGCAGCGGCUGAAACGGCUGUGGCUGUGGCUGCAGCGGCAGCGGCUGAAACGGCUGUGGCUGCAGCGGCAGCGGCUGUGGCUGCAGCGGCAGCGGCUGAAACGGCUGUGGCUGCAGCGGCAGCGGCUGAAACGGCUGUGGCUGUGGCUGCAGCGGCAGCGGCUGAAACGGCUGUGGCUGUGGCUGCAGCGGCAGUGGCUGAAACGGCUGUGGCUGUGGCUGCAGCGGCAGCGGCACCGGUUGUAGUAUACAUAACAGCGGCUGCAGGUAGCAUACCGACGGCUCUACAAACUCCACGGGAGGAGCCGUCGGCAUAA